AGUGCGUGAAUGGCUCUUUGAACCCUGUACAGUACGUGAGGUGGAAUGGUCAAUUGCACACCUAAAUUUUCCGCAUUACGUGUUCUGUAUCCUUAAAUCAAAGUGCCAUUCUACACGAAGUUGCAAUGAUAAUUUGAGACAUUUAGUCUAUCUUAUUAUUAUCAAACGGGACCAGGACAAGCGUUACACAAACAGCUACAUGUAGGCCUACGUGUCGUCUACCUAUCAAAUAAAUGUUUCGCUCGACGGUACAGGCAUUGCUUGCAAGAAGCCCGAGAAGCACGUGGAAGCUUACACUUAGUGCCUGUGGAUCAACAAACAUUGGAAUACUGUGCAAUAGGAAACGAGGUUUUGCAAUGUCAGCGAAUCGCUCAUCCCAGCAACCUCGGGUCGUGGUGGUCACCGGCUGCUCAUCAGGCAUCGGCCUAGCCACGGCCAAUCUCCUGGCCAAGGACCGUGAGAAGAGGUUCAUCGUCUACGGAUCCAUUCUCGGUUCGCUCGACGAGGAGCAGACGUUCCGUGAAACAGCCGGCAACGCCCUCAACGAUACCCUCUUUCCUGUCCGACUUGACGUCACUAAGGAUGAAGACGUCGAGGCGGCUGUUGCCAUGGUGAUGGAGCAACAAGGGCGCAUCGAUAUCCUAGUGAACAACGCCGGAAUCUGUACGAAGAAAGCUUUGGAGACGAUCAGCAUGAGCGACAUUCUUCGGCUCUAUGACAUCAACCUGUUCGGCUAUCUUCGGAUGAUGAGAGCGGUCCUGCCGAUCAUGAAGAAACAGGAAUCGGGAAGGAUUAUCAAUAUGUCAAGUAGAAAUGCAAUUGAAGGAGCUCCGUAUAUGAAUAUCUACACUUCAUCCAAAUUCGCCAUUGAAGGGUUAAGCGAGGAGACGGCGGUGAUUGGACGAUUCUUCAAUAUAUGGGUCAGUUUAAUUCAGCCGGGCGGCGUCAUCUCGCCCAUCGGAGACACCAUGAUUGCCAAUGAUCUUGGUGGUGUGGGGUCAAAGGGCAUUUCAGAUCACCCGGAUGUGCACGAGAUUGAUCGCAAGUUGAGCAUGUACCGCGACCACGACUUGGAGUGGUCCAAAUGCCCAUCGAUGACGGCCGAGGAUGUGGCGCAUGUAGUCCUUCGCGCUGCCACCGACGUCAAGCCGCACUUCCGAUACCAACCUCAAGAGGCCGUCGCGGCAUUGGCGGAGCGAAGGUACCGGGAUCCUACCGGGGAUGAGUUUAUUGAUUACUCGGCCGAUAGAUUGAGACCAUUUUAUGGUAAGGCUGGAGAUAAGUAAGACCUACCUGACGUUCGACUUCUAACAGUGCCAGCUCAUUGAAAGAUUAUUCUGUCAGGUACUUUUGAGUCUUCCUCUUCCUUUUCACUUGUUAUACUGCCGAUGUUUUAUUUUACAUUUAUACGGUUUCUAUAUACCAAAGAUGCAAUAAUCAUAGAAAGAGAAUUAUGUGCAUAUUGUUUUCGUGAUGGUUUAUAGUUAAACAAACAAAAAUUAUAGUGAACAUUGGUGACACGCUAUUUCUAUCAAAAGUGACACACCUGUCACAAUUGUGAGUUUUGUAAGUUUUCUUUAGUUCCAGAUCAUAUUUUGAUUGAAACUUGUUUCCGAAUGUGCUAAUGUUGUCGGCGGAAAAAAAAACACCUCAAUACUUCCAGAUAGGUAAAGAAUAAUGAUAAUGAAUGAAAGAUCAUAUUUUGUGUUUAUAAAGAGCCAAGUAUUACUUGUGACAGGAAUAAAAUGACUGCAAACUCACUAAUAUUGGGCUUACUUUUCAUUAUUUGCCAACGAAAUUGUGUAAGUGAAGGAUGUACUAGCACUUUUUGUGACAGGCGAAUAACGUUUAAAUUCUCAGAUCUUCAGCAUGUCCACUGUUAUAUUCAAUGCGUUUUCUGGUAUGAAUCAGAGUUGUGCAAGUUAUCUAAUGCCUUUGUAAUUGAAAAAAAAAAAAUUCUGAAUAAAAAAUUGCCUGAUAAAUAUAACAAAUGAUUGGCAAUUUGAUUGCUCACAGGUUCACUAUAUAUAUAUAUUAAUGUAUACAUAUGUUUUAAAAAGGUCAUCAGAUUUUCAAAUUUUUGCAGAAGCAAAACAAAUGGUAAAUAUUUCGGAUUUUCUGACUCACGCUGAAAUAUUUUUGCGACUAGCACCCCCCCCCCCCCCAAAAAAAAAAAAAAAAAAAAAAAUUAAAAAAAUUUGUAAUCUUUACAGAUACAAAUCAGCCUUAACUAUUCCAAUGACAAUUUUUGUUUUGAUGGGGGCGGGGAGUGGGUCACACACACUUCCCUCUUGGAUGUCUAAUGAAGCUUUUGUUGACGUAGCAUGUGUAAGCUCAUUCCAUUAGAUACACUAGUAAUAUACGAAUCAUUUUACUUUUUGUCUCCUUAUUUCUUUCUUUCUUUAUAUAUUAUUCCUUUCUUUCUUUCUCUCAUCUCGCAUCACGACUCAUUCCUCUCUUUCUAAUCUCUUCUUUUUAACUCACUCCUCUGUCUGUCUCUCUUUCUCUCUCUCUCUCUCUCUCCCUCUCUGCAUCUUUCAUUCUCUCAGUCAUUUUCCUUAUUUAAAAUAUGCACGUAUUGGUGAAUUUAGCCAGUAAGAAUUUAUUGUUGUAUAUUUUGUAAUCUAUACGUGUAUAAUACAUGUACUGAAAUUUUUGCGGAAAGCAAAUUUUUUUCGCUGCUUUUUAUCUUUUAAUUAUGCAUCCAUGUUUAUAUGCUCGCUUGUACUUUCAAAUGAAAAUGAAAAAGGUUCAAUUGUGAUCCAGCAUUAAUUGUUGGUACAAACAUUGUAUCAAAUAAAAAUACAAAUGAUUACAAUUAUGCCUCCAA